AGGCCCUCCUGCCCGCCCUCUCUCCCUCCCUUCUUCCCGCAGCCGAGGAGGCAGCAAUUACGCUUUGGGGAUAAAACGAGGCGCGGAGAGCAGGCUGGGGCAUUUCUCCCUGAGAUGGCGGGUCCGACAGCUGCAGCCCUGUGGCCUGGAGUCCUCCUGCUCCUGCUGUCCAUCAUCCACCCCUCGCAGCCUGGAGGGGUCCCAGGGGCUAUUCCUGGAGUAGUUCCUGGAGGAAUUCCUGGAGGAGUUCCUGGAGGAGCCUUUUACCCAGGGACUGGUCUCGGAGGCCUGGGAGGAGGUCUGGGGCCUGGAGGCAAACCCCCCAAGCCAGGGGCUGGACUCCUCGGGGCAUUUGGUCCUGGAGGGAUCGGAGGUGGCCCUGGGGCAGGGCUCGGGGCCUUUCCCGGGGGCGCUUUCCCGGGGGCUCUAGCGCCUGGUGGAGCGGCUGGUGCUGCCGCAGCCUAUAAAGCUGCCGCCAAAGCUGGUGCUGGACUUGGUGGUGUCGGUGGACUUGGUGUUGGUGGCUUAGGAGUGUCUACAGGUGCAGUGGUGCCUGGAGCGGGAGUCGGAGUCGGAGUCGGAGCUGGAGCAAAGCCUGGAAAAGUGCCGGGUGUGGGUCUACCAGGUGUAUACCCAGGUGGAGUGCUCCCAGGCACAGGAGCUCGGUUCCCAGGUGUGGGGGUGCUCCCGGGGGUUCCCACUGGAACAGGAGUCAAGGCCAAGGCCCCAGGUGGAGGCGGAGCUUUUGCUGGAAUCCCAGGAGUUGGACCUUUUGGGGGUCAGCAGCCUGGAGUCCCACUGGGGUACCCCAUCAAGGCACCCAAGCUGCCAGGUGGCUAUGGACUGCCCUAUAGCACUGGGAAACUGCCCUAUGGCUAUGGGCCUGGAGGAGUGGCUGGUGCUGGGGCCAAGGCUGGGUACCCAACGGGGACAGGGGUUGGCCCCCAGGCUGCAGCAGCAGCAGCUAAAGCAGCCAAGUAUGGUGCUGGGGGAGCUGGAGUUCUCCCUGGUGUUGGUGGCAUUCCUGGGAUUGGAGGCAUUCCUGGGAUUGGAGGCAUUCCUGGGAUUGGAGGCAUUCCUGGGAUUGGAGGCAUUGCAGGGGCCGGAACUCCAGCUGCUGCUGCUGCCGCAAAGGCUGCUGCUAAGGCAGCUAAAUAUGGAGCUGCUGGAGGCUUGGUGCCUGGUGGCCCAGGAGUUGGAGUCCCUGGUGUUGGAGUCCCUGGUGUUGGAGUCCCUGGUGUUGGGAUCCCAGGAGUUGGAGUCCCUGGUGUUGGAGUCCCUGGCGUUGGAAUCCCAGGCGUUGGAGUCCCAGGCGUUGGAGUCCCAGGCGUUGGAGUCCCAGGCGUUGGAGUCCCAGGUGCUGGAGUCCCAGGGGCUGUGUCACCAGCUGCAGCUGCUAAAGCAGCCGCCAAAGCAGCCAAAUACGGGGGUGGAGCUGGAGUGGGAGUUGGAGGCAUUCCCACUUAUGGGGUUGGUGCUGCGGGCUUUCCGAGGUUUGGUGGUAUUGGAGCUGGAAUUGGAGGCAUCCCUGGAGCUGUCCCUGGAGCUGUCCCUGGAGCUGGCAUUUCCCCUGCAGCCCAGGCAGCCGCCGCCAAGGCAGCUAAGUACGGUGCUGGAGCAGCAGGAGGGCUGGUGCCAGGUGUGCCAGGCGCUGGAGGGGUGCCAGGAGCUGGGACCCCAGCAGCUGCAGCCGCUGCAGCUGCUGCCAAAGCUGCCCAAUAUGGGUUAGGCCCUGGUGCUGGCCUGGCUCCUGGCUUUGGCGUUGGCCCUGGCGGUGUUGUAGGUGCAGGGAUCCCGGGUGCAGGCAAAUCUGCUGCUCAGCUGGCUGCCAAAGCCCAGCUCCGGGCUGCGGCUGGGCUUCCUGCUGGUGUUCCUGGAUUUGGACCUGGUGCUGGCGUUCCCGGAUUUGGACCUGGUGCUGGUGUUCCUGGCUUUGGGGUUGGUGCAGGUGCAGUACCUGGAUCCCUGGCUGCAGCUAAAGCAGCCAAAUAUGGAGCAGGAGGGCCUGGUGGUCUUGGAGGGCCUGGUGGUCUUGGUGGAGCAGGUGUCCCAGGUGGUGUGGCAGGAGCCGGACCUGCUGCCUUGGCUGCUGCCACCAAGGCUGCUGCCAAAGCUGCCCAAUAUGGCCUGGGUGGAGGAGGACUCGGAGCCGGAGGACUGGGGAUUGGAGGGCUUGGGGCUGGUGGACUUGUCCCAGGGGUUGGGGCCUUUGGAGGUGUGUCCCCAGCUGCAGCUAAAGCAGCCAAAUAUGGAGUUGGAGCAAGACCUGGCUUCGGAGUGUCUCCUCUUUUCCCAGGUGGAGGAGUAGGAGCUGGCGGCCUGGGAGUUGGUGGCAAACCUCCUAAACCCUUCGGAGGUGCCCUGGGAGCUCUAGGAUUCCAAGGUGGGGCCUGCCUGGGGAAAUCCUGUGGCCGGAAGAGAAAGUGAGCUUCCCAGGACCCCUGACUCACGACCUCAUCAACGUUGGUGCUACUGCUUGGUGGAGAAUGUAAACCCUUUGUGACCCUCCCCCCAAUGCCCCCUCCUAAGUCCCCACCUCUGGAGGGGACAGGGCUGGCCGGGCGGACUUGGAAAUCCACAGGACAAGGAAAUAAGAGAACGGUGGCCAAGUGGGCCCGGGGA